AUGGAGGCCGGUUCCGAGGAACGGCAUGCUGCGCUGAUGCGAGGAGCGGCGAUUUCGAUGGGCUGCGGUGCGGGAGAAGGUCGGCGUGCUCUGUCCCCGCUCACCUCAUUCUUCCAGGAGCAGCGCAACCAUUCCCCCAACAUCCAGGCUAUCAUUUCUGCUUCUCAUAUAAGUUUCUUGGAGGAAUUCCUAGCAUUCUGUAAGAGUAAGAUAUUAUCAGAUGCUGCUGCUAAAAAGUCUGCGAAUCAAAAUGUUAGGAUUAAUGUUCAUCAAAAUGGAAGCGAUGCUAGGGAUGAAGAUGACACUAAAUCAGAUAAAGAACCAUCUCAUACACCUACAGUUCUGGUGUCAUCAAGUGAUGAAGACGGCGCCGAAGAAUCUUCUCAUACACAGCCCAAUCUUGCACCUACAGGAUCUAGGCAACCCCUUACUGAUUGUCUUCCUAAUGUUGUUGAGCCUUUUGGUGUUAAAGAACAUUGUGCAAAUUUGGAGAACAAGAUUUUGAAGGAUGCCCUCCCUGUUUUAGAUACUCCUGUGUGCAUCAUCCACCAAUCUUCCAAAAUUGAUGCAUCUGUUUCAUAUCAAGAACCUAUUCACAAUAUAAACAAGAGGCUUAAACCUACAUGUCCAGUUAGACACGCUACCCCACCAGCAUCCAGAUUUUUUGAAGAUGAAGAUUUGCAUACUGUAUCUCAAACCAAACUGAAAGAGAAUAUUGAUGGUGCUGUCUGCGAACAAGAUAAUUGUUCACCCAAAGGAUGUCACAGAAGUCAACAUGAAGCCGCAACAACCAGCACUGCCAAGAAUAAUUGUGUUCUUUCAGCAAAACUGCAAAAGCAUCUGUCAAAGCUUCACCUGAAAUAAAGAUUGUAGGACAAUUGACAGACCAGCUAUACAACCAAAAGAACUUGCCUCAAUUUGGAAGCACACAGGCCCCCAAACCACCAACAGCUGAUCUUGUUGCUAGAGCUCAAUCCAAAAUAAGCACGCAAAGUUUUCCCAUGCCACUCCCUGCGGCUGGAAGUAGUUUUCAACAUGCUGCAACAUCUAGGUUUGUUGUCACUGAUAUUGAAAGGCGCUACUACUUUGUGCUUUGCGGUCUUGCCCAGAGCCAAUGGAACUGUUACCCUGCUGUUAUUUUUUUCAAAACCAGUGUAACAUAUGGCUCUCUUGGAGAAUCAGUGGAACCCAAUGGGCAUGUCAAUAAUUUCUUCAUUGCUGGAGUAUGUCGUAAGUUUUUUGAAGAUUUGCACCCAAGGCGUUCAAAGAAGUAUUAUUUCUAUCCCAAAGUUGGGGUUAAUGCAUUCAAGGAAUGCUAGUAUGAACAUUCUGAUGUCAAACUAGACCUAGAGGACUUCACCGAAGUUUAUCCUCCUAUACCAAAACAAUCUAAUGCACACGAUUGUGGUAUAUUUGCUAUCAAGUAUAUGGAGCUUUGGAACAACAAUGUUGAUCUUAGGCAGGUUUUUAGUCACCUGGACAUUCCCAACAUUAGAAUCAAGCUUUCAGUUUCUUUGUUCUUCAGUGACACAAAUUCAGUGGAUAAGGAUUUAGUAAGGAAUUUUUUUGAGCAGGUA